CUCAUUAGUGAUGUUUUCUUUUCGUUUGGGUAAAUUCCACUCACUAUAAGAUUCCAUAAAUGAACUUUUGAAUCCUUUUCAUUACAAAAGAUUUACAUAUAAACAACGGAAUAAUUCUCUGUUUAAACAACGGGAAAUUAUAAACAUAACCCUGUUUUCAAAGGCUACCCGCAAUCCAGCGUUGAAUUUGAGCUAUUCACUUCAAAAUCCAUUGAGGUAUUCACUCUGGCCUUGAUUGUGCACGCUGCACGAACCAAAUCAAGGAAAACAACAGCUGUUGAUUGGCCGUAGGAAGUAAUAUACACAAGCCUAAAAUUUAAAUCCUCAUUUUUUGAACGAUAAUAACUUUUUUAUUUAUACUCCGAAUUUUAUAAAAAAUAUAUCAAAUUUCAUAAUUUUUUAUGAUAUCAAUAUUACGUAUAAAAAAUAAAUAAAUACAAAAUGAAGUUUCAAUUGGUUGAGUUUUUCAGACACAAUUGUUUUCUUAAAUAGAUUCAAAUGCUAAAAAAUUAAGAUUCCAUGAUUAAAAUUCUGUUUUGCAUCUUACCCUUAUUUUUUCUAAAGUAGGUUUGAAGUGAAAUUUAAAAACUUAAAUCCCAAAUUUAUGUAUUUUUACAUUGAAAUGCUUGACUUUUUAAAUCAUAAAUAUUCACAAAAGAAAGAAAUUGAAAAAAAAAAUCGAUAUUAAAAAGUAAGAUUUUAAAUUAAAAAAUUGUUGGGUAAAUACAUUGACGGGAUUGGAUUGCAAUAAAAAUUGGAUUGAUUGAAUGAAUACAUAUAAGUGAUGAGGAAUUUGAUGUAUUGACAAAGCUGGAUUGCGGUUAGCCUAAACGCAACCUCUUUUUUUAAUUCGUUUCAAACAUACGAUCAAGUUUACAAACUCACCCUUCCUAACACUAUUUCUUUUCUACUGGUAAAGCAAGACCCAAAUGUAUCUAUAUUCCAUGUCUUCCAUGGCUGGGCAUAAACUCCUUAAACGAGCCAAUCUCGUAGAGGAGGUGGAGGCUACGGAGUGGACGUCAGGCGGUAGCAGUGAUCAAAAGGUUGGUCACCGCAAAAGGUGGUGGGAGAGCCGGAUAGGUUAUGGAGGUCAGGAGUCGGGAGGUGGAUGUGACCGAAGUUAUGGUAGUGGUGGUGACGGCUAUGGCGGUGGCAAGGUUACUGAUGGAGCUAAGCUACUUUCAUCGGGUCUUGACUUGGAUAUCACACGGGAACUGCUUUUGGUUUGCUAAAUUCAUGCUCUCGGUUGCUUUGUGGAGCAGUGGUUGGCUAGGAAGCAUGAAAACACCAUGGACCUCCACGUUUCCGUUUAGGAAACGUUUCGGAAACGGGAAACUUGCGGAAACAGCCGGAAACGAGAUGGAAACAGUAGGAAACUAAUAUGGCGGGUUGGGGUAUUGGGCCUGAUGCCGGAAACGUUUCAGAUACGUUUUAAAUAAGUAUUUGAUCUGAAUAGGACUAAAAUAUAAGAAUAAUGCAAGAAUAGGACCUUAUAUUUUUUUAUUCCCAAAAUAGGAGUUUCUUUUAUUUUAUCCCUAUAUUACCCUCCUGAUUUUUUAAUCUUCCAUAUCAGGCAUAUGCUCUCCCAGCCACUUCUUUUCACCUCUCUCCUCAUUCUUAUCUCUUCUCCUGCGUGCAUCUCCAUCACAUACGCAUAUCUCUUUGCAUCUCCCUUCUCUCUCUCCCUGCAGCUCAUCAUCCAUCAUAUUUUCUCCCCCAAAAUUUCCGACGGAUCCAACAAUUACUCUAUCUCCGGUGAAUUACAAAGUUUUGACGGCGAUUUUUACUUCUCAACUCCGACUGUCGUACCGGUGGGCGGCGAGCGGCGAUUGUGUAGGAUGACAAUGAUGUUAUUAAGAUGACACUUCAACUGCAAGAUAGCAUUUCCAUGAUAGCAUGCCAAAUAAGAGAUCAGAUCUGAGAUUUGUCGUGAUAGGUUGUGGAUGAGGCCACCGGCGGCGCCUGUGGGGGUAGCGGCGACGCCAUGGAGGCGAACGGCACCGUGGAGGCGGUGGCACUGUGGAGGCGGUGGCUAGCUUAGAUGACGUGACCGGCGGCGGCGGUAGACGACGUGACUGGCGGCGGCAGUAGAUGACGUGACCGACGGUGGCGGUAGAUGAAGUGACCGGUGGAGGCGGCGGCGGCAGCGAAGAAGGUGGUCAUCAGCCCUAGGGUUAUGUUGUUGUCUGGUUGCUGUAAUGUUUGUUUUUAAUGCUUUUAUUUAAAUUAUUAAUAAACAAUGGAGCUUGAGAUUUUAUUAAGGGUAUUUAUGUCAGGCCAUCCCUUUUUUACUCCUACUAAACUUCACGGGAAGCUUGACUCCUAUUAUUGCAUAAUUU